AUGACAAAGGUCACGAGCAUCACGACGAUCACGGACAUAAUCAUGGAGAGGACUGGGAACAUCAUCGUGAGGGACACAAACACCACGGAGAGGAUUAUGGCGAACGUAGUAAUGAACAUGGGCAUCACGAUCAUGGGCACACCAAUGAUGUGCACAACCAUGAAGCGCACCAGGAAGGUGACCAUCAUCGACACAACCAACACCACCAUGGUCAUCACGAACAUAGUCACGAACACGAUGGUCAUCAGCACAGCGAUGAGCACCAUCAUGAUGACAGAAAUCAUCAUGACGAUGAUCAUGAUCAUCAUGGUCAUCAUGACAACCGCUACGAUCAGCUCCACCACCAUCACGGUGAUCACCGGCAUCACCACGAUGAUGGUCAUGACCACCACCAUGAUGAUGAUUAUGACCACCACCACAGCCAUUAAAGAUGAAUCUCGCAUCUUUGAACGCAGUUCGAGUAAAGUCUCUUUAAAAACAAUUUUUACCAAAAAUUCUGUGAUAUAUUAG